UAGGUUUCGUUUCCUCGGCAGCCUCGGAGCGCGGUUGCAGUAGUCGCGUCGCGACCCCUGGGAGCACCAUGGCACAGCUGUGCCCCCUGGCCGAGGAGCUGUCGUGCUCCAUCUGCCUGGAGCCCUUCAAGGAGCCGGUCACCACUCCGUGCGGCCACAACUUCUGCGGGUCCUGCCUGAACGAGACGUGGGCCGUCCAGGGCGCCCCAUACUUGUGCCCGCAGUGCCGCGCCGUUUACCAGGCGCGACCACAGCUGCACAAGAACACUGUGCUGUGCAACGUGGUGGAGCAGUUCCUGCAGGCCGAGCUGGCCCGGGAGCCACCCGCCGAUGGCUGGACGCCGCCCGCCCGCGCCUCUGCACCCAGCCUGGGUGCCCAGGUGGCUUGCGACCACUGCCUGAAGGAGGCCGCCGUGAAGACGUGCUUGGUGUGCAUGGCCUCCUUCUGUCAGGAGCACCUGCAGCCGCACUUCGACAGCCCCGCCUUCCAGGACCACCCGCUGCAGUCUCCCGUUCGCGACCUGUUGCGCCGCAAAUGUUCCCAGCACAACCGGCUGCGGGAAUUUUUCUGCCCCGAGCACGGCGAGUGCAUCUGCCACAUCUGCCUGGUGGAGCAUAAGUCCUGCUCUCCCGCGUCCCUGAGCCAGGCCAGCGCCAACCUGGAGGCCACCCUGAGGCACAAACUAACUGUCAUGUACAGUCAGAUCAACGGGGCGUCGAGAGCGCUGGAUGAUGUGAGAAACAGGCAGCAGGAUGUGCGGAUGAAUGCAAACAGAAAGGUGGAGCAGCUACGACAAGAAUACACGGAAAUGAAGGCUCUCUUGGACGCCUCAGAGUCCACCUCGACAAGGAAGAUAAAGGAAGAGGAGAAGAGGGUCAACACCAAGUUUGACACCAUUUAUCAGAUUCUCCUCAAGAAGAAGAGUGAGAUCCAGACCCUGAAGGAGGAGAUUGAACGGGGCCUUACCGAGGGGGAUGAGUUCGAGUUUCUGGAGAAAGCAUCAAAACUGCGAGGAAUCUCAACAAAGCCAGUCUACAUCCCCGAGGUGGAACUGAACCAGAAGCUGAUAAAAGGCAUCUACCAUAGCACCUUAGACCUCAAAAACGAGCUGAAGCAGUGCAUCAGGCAGCUCCAGGAGCCCACCCCCAGCUCAGGUGACCCUGGAGAGCAUGACCCAGCGUCCACACAGAAAUCCACACGCCCUGCGAAGAAGAUCUCCAAAGAGGAAAAGAAAUCCAAGAAACCUCCCUCUGUCCCUGCCUCACCCAGCAAGCUUCCCACAUUUGGAGCCCCGGAACAGUUAGUGGAUUUGAAAGAAGCUGUCUCGGAGGCUGCAGCCAAAGCCACCAGCUCGCAUCUGAACUCAGCAUCUCUCAAGGCCAAGGUGCUGGAGACUUUCCUGGCCAAGUCCAGACCCGAGCUCCUGGAGUAUUAUGUUAAAGUCAUCCUGGACUACAACACCGCCCACAACAAAGUGGCUCUGUCAGAAUGCUAUACAGUAGCUUCUGUGGCUGAGAUGCCUCAGAACUACCGGCCGCAUCCCCAGAGGUUCACAUACUGCUCUCAGGUGCUGGGCCUGCACUGCUACAAGAAGGGGAUCCACUACUGGGAGGUGGAGCUGCAGAAGAACAACUUCUGUGGGGUAGGCAUCUGCUACGGCAGCAUGAACCGGCAGGGCCCAGAGAGCAGGCUCGGCCGCAACAGCGCCUCCUGGUGCGUGGAGUGGUUCAACACCAAGAUCUCUGCCUGGCACAAUAACGUGGAGAAAACCCUGCCCUCCACCAAGGCCACGCGGGUGGGCGUGCUUCUCAACUGUGACCACGGCUUUGUCAUCUUCUUCGCUGUUGCCGACAAGGUCCACCUGAUGUAUAAGUUCAAGGUGGACUUUACCGAGGCUUUGUACCCGGCUUUCUGGGUGUUUUCUGCUGGUGCCACACUCUCCAUCUGCUCCCCCAAGUAGGCAGGCUGUAGACACUUGGGCUGACUGCCUGCAGAGGUCCCAAGACCCUAGUGAAAAUGCAGCAGGCAGAACUCUCCUUGGAGAAUUCCCCAAGAGGUGCCAAGCGUUGGGAGCAUGGGAGGGGAGCUGGUGGGAGGGUGGGAUAUGGGAUUUAGCCAGGAAAGAGGUGAGGGUGAUUGUGUUGUAGGUGGGGUGGCAUUUCCACCCCUUGGUGCCUAUCAGAGCAGGGUGACUUGCUCCCCAUUGUUCUGGAAAUCUCCAGGCUGCUGGGCAGCUGGGCAGAGCUCUGGGCAGUGAAGUCAUGAGUGCCCGAUUCCUCUUAGAGAAAAUCCAUAGCUACUGUAGGUUCUGUCUUGGGUCACUUGGAUCUGAAGGCUGCCCCUUUGCUCUCUGGGGUAGCCUUCAGAUCUUGGUGUUUUCAUUACUCGCUAUAGAUGUUUUUAAAAUUCCAAAGUCAUUGAGUUUCAAUAUUAUAUAACCUCCAUUACCCGCAUGUUGGGGCUCGAUCUCCUGGUUAUUAGCUGUGCUUGAGGAAACAUCCACAGCAGUCUCUACCCAGAACAGAGUUUCCUAAAGAAGCAUGCCCUCUUCCUCCACUGGAACAUAGUGCAUUCCCUUCCUACCCUGCUCACCCAUCGCCCCCCACUGAUGGUUUUCAAAUAGGAAACUUUUCAGCUAAGGCUUCAGACCAUGAUUGGAAUGAGCCUGUGUUGGAUUUGUGAUUCAAGAUCACAGUGACCCUGAUCCAGUUUGGGUGGAAAUCCUUCCCAAGUAUCAUGAGAAGCAUCUUGGCAGAGAUGCUUUGGUGGCAGCCAUGAGCUUUGCUGGAGGCCUUGCUUCCCAUAGCCUUGGCUGAGGGGCAAGGAACUCUGCCAGGCGAGGGAGAUGCUGUCCUGGGUCAACAGAAGCCUGGUGGGUUUGCUCGUGUUAGAGUGUCCUGCCUUCUUACUGACAACUCUCCUCAGUGAUAGCCUCUCUCCCCUGGAUUGUGAGAUAUGGAAUGACAGUGCAGGUACCACUGAGGCUAGCACAGUCAAGCAGCCAGCUAAGCUGGAUCCCUGAAGCCUGCUAUCACGCCGACAGGCUGUGCAGCUGCCUCAGGGACCACACUAGGCCACUUGCUGGGGUGUCAGCCUAUCACCAAAAGGGUCUUUUAGCAAACCUCAUGGGGAACAGGAACAUUCCUGUUCAUCCCUGGCCACAGGCUGCAGACCCAGCACUGGCCCUCGCGUGAGUCAGAGCCUGGGGCUGGCCCUAGUCCCUUCUACUGCCUUCCUCGUUUGAGCCAAUUCUAUAGGCCCUAGUCCCUUCUACUGCCUUCCUCGUUUGAGCCAAUUCUAUAAGCUCACAUUGAUCAGGGAGGGAAAGAGCUAAAGAGGGUCACACAAGUGGCUAUUUUCCCUGCAGUGUUUCUGUGCGGUGAAAAUAACCCAGUCCACUAAGGGGCGGGAGUGAAUGGAUUGCUGGAUUUUCCCCAAGCUCCUUAUAGCCUGAUGUCAUCAGGAUGUGAGUGUGAGAAAUUUACCCUCUUAAAAUGAAAUGAGUCCAACUCUGGGCUUUGCUUAGAGGAGAGCUCCUGUCAGGCUUUUUAUAAUAUGAAAAGAGGUCACCAUUGGGGAAGUAGAGACCCCAGACCUUUUCAUAUGGAAAUUUGAGAAUGUAAUGCAUCUCAGGCCUUGUGCUGGAACUCUAGGGCACUCUAGGCAGGCUCAGAACAUUUGAUAUUCCUUACAGGUACACACCUGACAUGCAGGUACAUACCUGAUCGGUGUCAUCUCCUUACAAGGAUUUUCAGUUCCUCGAGAGCAAUAAUCUUUGUAGGAAAGACAUCCCUGCAAUAGGUGAUAUGUGGUCCUUAGAAGUUUUCUUCCUUUACUACUUGGAAGAAAAGUUCUUUGGUGAGUCUUCUCUGCUUUUGAAGAUGAUCAAAAGCAUCUUCCUUGAUUUUCUGAAACGAAAGCCUUGUCUGAAACCAAUUAAUACUUGGGAAACAGCUGGGCUUGGAGGAGUAGAAUGCCAGAGAUAAAUCCAUGGCUCCUGCUCUGGCUUUCUUCUGCAGAAAUAAGGGCAACAGUAAGGCCCCUUCCCUGGCAAAUGUGCAGCUUGGGAUAGGGAAGCAUGAGACCCUCUGUUUAAAAGAGAGUCAGGUAGGUAACCAAAGCCAAGCUCUGUGCAAGGUGCUUUGGAGUUGUAAAUUGAGGAAUGCAUCCUUGCUGUCUUGAACCAUUCUGUUUGCAGUGGUAAGACCUUACAUAACCUAGCCUUGCAGGGCCGCCACACACCCCUGGAGUCCUAGAGUUGGAGGAACCUUUGUAUCCAUCUGACUUCUCAUUUUGCAGAAUAUGAUGAGAAAGUAGAGGAUCACUCUGUUCACCACUCUUGCUGUUCCAUUAGGGAGGAGAUGCCUGCUAGCAUGUGUGAGGGAAACACUCUGGUACACCGGGAAGUAUCAGAAAUUCCCAGAAACACAAACAUGAAAUACUAUCCUAGACCCAGGUACUGGGGACUGUCUCAGUCAGUGUGGCAUGAUAAAUAAAAGGUUAGGAUCAAGUCUUUGUAUUUUUCAAGAUGUGGUAGCUGAUUAUUCCUGUUUUAAGCACUCUGAAAUCGAUCUGCGAUCAAUAAUACUAAUAUGUUAUCUUUUACCACAUUCUGCCUCUCACUAUUGAUUUUAAUUAGUUAGGAGUAUUUGAACUAUUAUUUC